UCAGUCGUUGGUAGAAGGAACAGAAGAAAAGUCGUUUAUUGGUACUGCAUGCUGCUUCCUUCGAGCUAGCUAAUAAAGCACUUCAUCAAGAGCGGGACGGCAGUGGCGCAAAUUUGUCUGUCGACGCCAAUCCUCUCGGUCGGUGGUCGGUCGGGUUCAAAUUCAACUGACGACAUCCGUUCAGUCCGCGCGUGAAACUCGUACCGUUCGCACUCGUUCUGGAGGGCAAGUAGCAAAGAUUAGUUCAUGCCCUAAGCAAUAGUGAAAAUAUACAAAUGGGGUGUAAAUUAAUUAGUGUUGAUACAAUACAAGACUAUAACGGCAACUGCCACUUUUCAAUAAUCUAAACAAAUUGAAGCCCAUGUCAUUGAAUAAAUGGAUUAGUAAUACAAACGUGCUACACUUAAUUUGAAGUGGGCGGCACUGAGCCUACCAACUGAGUGGCAGAUUACCGACCGUGUUGAUUUUUAUGGUCGACAGGUGUUUGUGUAAAAAUGUCGCAGCAAUCAAUGCCGGAAAAAGUGGCUUAGGCAACUAUAGCGUACGCCAGGAUUUCGUGAUUGGAGUGAUAAGUGCAUCGGAACGAAAGAAAAUAGACCCAUGGAAAAAACACGUACGCAUUCCUUCGUAUUGUAUGUUGAAUCAAUUAAAAACCGUAUGGUAGCCUCCGACAAUGCGGGCGAGAUAAUUUCGAAGAACACGGACGAUAGGAUACGACAGAAAUAGAGACAUGUCAUACGUCACCCCGGAAACUGUCAAGGAAUUGCAAAAACAAACAUUUAUAUAAUAAUAAAAUCUUUCAGAAAGAUUACCAAAAACAGUCAAAAAACCACCCUUCCGAUGCACCCCCGAUGGGUCUUUGCCGAGUGCUUCGAUCGGCAUACCAACCGAUGAAAUUCAAUAACAAUUUAUCACACUUAAAGUAUUUACGGGCAAUUGCAGUUGGUUUCGCGGCAGAGAAUAGCCGGAAAAUUCAAAACGAAAAUGAAACAAUGAAAUAUCAUCCUACGCAAAAGGGAGUCUGUUAGAAUUCACGUAUGCUUAUUAUAUCGUAGCAAAAACAAAACCUAAAUGCACUUCGAAACGCGUGUAAUAACCAUCAUCAAUGUGAAAGUAAUUAAGUAAAUGUUGCAACGAAUUAAAUUUUAGUCCGUGGGAGUGCAGAGUGGAAUAAAAAUUGAAGUGUGAACUGUUAUUACAGUGGAGAAGAGUACGUAUUGCAAAGUUAAUAAAUCAAUGACCGAAAUUGAUCCCCAAGGAUUCCCAGGAUACUUUCACUACAAUGGAACCGAAGUAUCUAGCUCGAACGAGAGUGCUCGGUUCGUACCAGAGGAAGCCAAACUGGACGUGACCUAUGCAGUGUUUGAAGGGCUCGUUGCUCUGAUGGCCGUGGUUGGAAAUGCAAUGGUGAUAGUAGUGUUCAAACGCGAACGCCGAUUGCGCAGACGAACUAACUUUUAUAUAAUUUCGUUAGCAGCGGCCGAUUUUUUGGUCGGGCUUCUCGGAGUGCCAUUUGCCGUCCUAUCUUCUGUGGGCCUUCCCAGAAAUCUGUACGCAUGUCUUUUCACCAUAUCAUUACUGAUCGUGCUAUGUACGAUUUCAAUCUUCUGCUUGGUUGCGGUCUCCGUCGAUCGGUACUGGGCUAUCCUGCACCCGAUGGCCUAUUCAAGGAACGUUCGAACAAAAACUGCAAUUGUAAUAAUAAGCUUAUGCUGGCUAGCGGGAUCAAUAAUAGGAUUUUUGCCGCUAUUCGGGUGGCACGAAACUCCACAAACUGAUACAUGUUUGUUCCUGAAAGUUAUGGAUUACGAUUACCUUGUGUUUUUGUACUUUGCGACAAUCAUUACACCUGCUCUCAUCAUGUUAGCAUUUUACACGCACAUCUACCGUGUCAUUAUAAACCAGCUCCGCCAGAUUGUUACAAUGAAUCCAAUGGGUACUCUCUCAUCAGAAAGUAGAAGCUCAUCUGAAAGCAGCCGUAUCCGGAUAUCAACCAUGAAAUCUCCUCGUUGUAAACCCGGUCAUAGCCAUGGUGGCACAAUGCUUCGCGUACUUGGUGCCGCUCAAAAGCGGGAAGUUAAGGCCACCCAAAAUCUUUCCAUAAUUGUGCUGUUCUUCAUGAUCUGCUGGAUACCACUUUAUACCAUCAAUUGUAUAGUUGCAUUCUGCAGAGAUUGCCAAAUUCCACCUACGCUAAUGCUGUUUUGUAUUAUCCUAUCACAUCUAAACUCUGCUGUCAAUCCUCUGCUGUAUGCUUACCAUUUGAAGGACUUCAGAGCAGCGUUACGAAAUCUUAUUCUUAGUAUGAUUGGGUACGAUGUGUCCAACCAAGAACUUAACUACCGUGCUUCCCUAGCUAGCCAAUUCGGCCAAAGACAUUCCGUAAUGGAGAGAAGAUUGUCGCCACAACCCAAAAUUUAUGUUGAUUCACCCGUUUAUUUGCGUUCCAUGCAACAACAACGACAUCAACAAAUGAUACUAAUGCAGCAACGUUCAUUAGAGUGCGCGGAAAGUGGAACUUCAUUUGACAUUCUGCACAAAAAACGGUUAGUCAGUAACACGCACUCGGAUCCUGGUUCGCCAAACAUACUAAUCAGUACGUCAGCUAUCAACGCUAGCCCUGAUGAUUCUAACUGUUCAACUCCACAGCACUAUGAAAUGGGAUUGUUUGAUAAAACCUAUUUCAAAAUGUGGGGUAUUGCUGAGGUUUCUAGCGUGAAUGAGAUCACCAAUAUCUGCAACUCACUAGAUGACGACAAUGCAGGAGACCACAAUGAAAUGAUUAUAGUGUAUACAAAACCCAACGAAAAUCCUGUCCAGUGUCAUGAAAGUGUUGAACGUCAGUUGUCGGAAGAUCACACUAUUAAACUCGAUUCUAGAUCAGAAACCAUAGAAGACCAAGCAAACGAAAUGCCAGAUUUUGGACUACGAAUGGCUGACGACGACUGCAAUCAUAGCUCGCUAUACAAUUUCGUACUUUCCAAACGAAGAAGUCAAAGUACGUGCUGCAUCUUACAAGAAAGGGAUUCUGGAGCAUCAAUAAAUGAUCCAGUAUUCCUGAUAGAAAAUGCUUCACCUCAACGAAUACUCACUUAUCAUGUACCACAACCUGUCACCACCAACGCCAUCAAGUGUGCCAAUUUUAGUAGUAACCUUAACUUAGUUGAUAGUUAUAACAACAACAGUCAGUAUUGUAACACAACAGCAUCUAGUCCAAACUUUUGCUCGAUUGCAACGAGAGCCGCAAUAGUAGACAAGCAUCAGCGACCUAUUAGCAAAUCCUUCUCUUUGUUCAAUAACACUCAACCAAACCAACAUAACUCCGACCAGAAGUCACUUUCACCAAUUAGUAAUACGGACAGUGUUUACACAUCACAUUCCAGCCUUUUCAAUCCGUUCAACUCUAGUAGUGCAAAACAGCGAAUAUGUAGUUUUAAAUUAAACAAACGAUCUUUGUCGAAUGAUAAGUGAGUGACUGUCCUAGUCUAGAAAUUAUGUAAAACUGCUUCUAUUGAAUAAGCGCUAAUAGCUGGAGUAUAAAUAAUGUGUAGCUGAGAAAAUUAAUUUCUUCUGUCACCAAACCUAAAUAAAAUUUUUUCGUUUCUAUCA